ACCAUGACACUGGCAGCUAGCCUAGCCGAGCUAACUUAGCUAAUCUGAUUUAUCGUGCCAGUUAAGCGUACGAAACGGUCGGCUGGAUUUACGAAUUUAGUUUUUUUUUUUUGUAUAUUUCUUGUAUCGCAGUAUCUAUUUAAUACCAGAUAGCCUCUCAUUUCGAGAAUGGCAUCUCUGGGGGAACCUGUGCGACUGGAAAGAGAUAUCAAUCGUGCAAUUGAGCUGCUUGAUAAGCUGCAGAGAACAGGGGAAGUGCCUCCGCAGAAGCUGCAGGCGCUGCAGCGAGUCCUACAGAGUGAAUUCUGUAACGCUGUCAGAGAGGUUUAUGAGCAUGUGUAUGAAACGGUAGACAUCAACAGCAGUCCUGAGGUCAGAGCCAACGCCACAGCUAAAGCUACUGUGGCAGCUUUUGCAGCAAGUGAAGGACACUCCCAUCCUCGUGUUGUGGAACUGCCCAAGACAGAAGAAGGUCUGGGUUUCAAUAUAAUGGGCGGAAAGGAGCAAAACUCGCCUAUUUACAUCUCGCGGAUCAUCCCAGGAGGCAUCGCUGACCGACAUGGAGGCCUGAAAAGAGGCGACCAGCUUCUCUCUGUUAAUGGGGUGAGCGUGGAAGGGGAGCACCAUGAGAAAGCUGUGGAACUCCUCAAAGCAGCUCAGGGCACGGUCAAGCUGGUGGUCAGGUACACCCCCAAGGUCCUCGAGGAAAUGGAGUCACGCUUUGAGAAGAUGAGGUCGGCCAAGCGCCGGCAACAGAACAACUUCCCUCAGUAGGAUUUAGCUCCUCCCUGUUGGUGGCCAGCCGCCUCCCCACGCACACGCCUCCUCUCGCACGCAGACACCCUUCAUGUCCUAACCUCCUCUGUAGCACUUCUAAUGGGCGUCAUUGUUACCCGAAGCUAAAACGUCAGCACGAGGCUCUGUGUGUGUGUGUGUGUGUGUGUGUGUGUGUGUGUGUGUGUGUGUGUGUGUGUGUGUGUGUGUGUGUGUGUGUGUGUGUGUGUGUGUGUGUGUGUGUGUGUGUGUGUGUGUGUGUGUGUGUGUGUGUGUGUGUGUGUGUGUGUGUGUGUGUGUGUGUGUGUGUGUGUGUGUGUGUGUGUGUGUGUGUGUGUGUGUGUGUGUGUUUGUUUGUGUGUGUGUGAAUUCCGUCUUGUUGAAGACAGAAAAAGGAGUGUUUUUGAAUAGAUUCUUCACAGCGAAGGGCCUCGGUGCACGCGUUUGUCUCCAAACAUUUACUACACACGUCUCAUAUGUGUUCAUGUGGAUGUGACGAUGCGUGGUUGGGAAUGUAAUGUUCGGUUUUUUCCUCUGACUCGAGGAAAACUUCACUUUCUAGCAGUUAAAGUUCAAACCAGCUCUGACUGGAGUCUGUAGACCAAAACAAUGUCUGAGAUCAGCUUUCUUCUCUUUGUUGAUGAAUGUAAAAGCAGAAGUUCGUCCACACGCUGACUUUUACACGUCCCAUCAGCUCGUGCUGUUUGUUUCGUGUCACACUUGUGUGUUUUUCCAUCUUCAGCACAAGAAUGUUUCACUUCAUUUAUGUUUUCCUCUGAUUAAAGGCUAAAGGUCCUACUGGUGCUACUUCAGAUGCAUAUAACAUAGAAGUGUGUAUUUUAUGAUGCCACAUUCAAAAUAAGGCAAAAGUUCACUUAUUUUAAUGAACAUAAGCAAUAAUUGAAGUCCUUGUGGUCUGUUUAUAACGCAGAUUGGUUCAAAUCACACCUUGUUGAAACGUGAGAGCGUUUCUUCACCUGGAAAAACAGCUGGAUUUAUUCUCUUGUACUUUUUAAUCAGGCAAGAAUCCGAAUUGUCACGAUAACCUAAAAUAUUCCGAACACAAAGACUCUGGUUUUUUAUUCAUGAAGUGUUUGAGUAUCCUGCCAAUGCUCAUGUGAUCAGAACAUACUUUUCAUGUAAUUCUUGAUUGUUGCUAAUCUUCUGUCUUAUUUAUGAGCUCAAACUCAUGGAGGUGCAUGAAUCCCAUCAAACAUGUCUGCAAAUAAGUUUGCUUUCAAAUCCUGCAUCAGCUACAGCUUAAGUGAGUUUCUGCACGUCGAUUGAAGGGAGUGUGACGUUAUUUAUAAUGUCAAAUCUCUAGAACCCUGUUUUGGGCCAGGUUAGAUUAAAUUUCAGAGAUUUAUUCCGUUUUUCCCCCUCUAAGAGAGUUUGUGUGUAAAGCACGCGGCGGUUUUUAUUAGAGCUAACUAAGCCAUACUGUUGUCCAGUCUCAGGAUGAACACGCCGCGUCACCGAGGCACUAGAAUAGCGUUGAAACCAGCUGUGAUUCGUGAAGUAGGGUAAGGUGACUUUAACCUCUCAGUAGAUCCUGAACAGUUCUUCAGGACUGAAUUGUUUUGUAAAAUUUAGUGGAAAUCCAGAUAAAUGCACCACUUGUUUUUGUUUGUUUACGAGAUAGACCUGACACAAAAACAACGUAAAUAUAAUCAGAGGUUCAUCAAAUGUAAAUACAGAACUGACACGCAUCAGGGCUGAAAACACGCCGUCCGACACAACCGCUGCACUAAAGCCGUAUUUAUCUCAUCAGAAAGGAUGGAAACCUUUAAAAACACGUGCAUGUGUGCCAUUUGUGAUCAGUCUUCAACUGCUUCAACAAAAACCCCACAGUAAUAAUCUGUGUGUGUUCAUGUAGGUGCAGCUCAAACUGCUGAGUCAUGCUUCUGUACAGGUUCUCUGGUGCAUUGGUGUGAUGUUUCAUACGCUCAUUAGAAGAACAAAAAUGGCAUCUCGGUUCUCCCGGUGAAUUGGAACGAAGAUGCUGAAAUACGAGGCAAAAUAAGCGUUAAACACAAAUCCGCCAUCUAUGCAGAGUCACUCAGUGAUGGGCAGCGAUGCAGAAUAUUUGUCGUCAUGUUGAAGAACUUUAACAGAAACGAUUACAGCGGAGCCUGUGCCACCAACCUUCAGGGAUGCGUGGAUCAACAUCAGUGAGUUGCAGCAAAUAUUUAUUGACGAUAUUAAACUAAACACGUGGUUAAUAAUCAACAUUUAGUCAGCUUUGAUCUAGUUAAAGCAGAAAUCUAACUGGUAAACUUAACAGUUGCUUACAAAACUACAUUAGAUAACAUUUAAGUUGUUUUUGUUUGCUGAAGCAGUACGAGACUUGGCUGAUGCGGCUUACCGAAUGUCUGGAUUCACCUUCCUACCCGUUUCCCCUGUCUGGAUGUCUGAAUGGUCAAUAGAAUAUUUUUUAUAAUGGGUUUGUUUUGAUAUUUUUCUCCAGUUUUCUAAAUGGUUUUCCUAAAAUGCAAAAAGAGAAACCACGACCGGUUGGUUGGUGCUGGCGUUUUACCCGUGUGCCCCGGCCACAUCGGCUCAGUCUUUCUGGAGAAAGAAGCUCUGACGCCGGAUCCGGGCUUCUUCUCCGAGCUCUGAACUAACGGUUCUUUUCUUUGUAGGACUGAGACCAGACUUCACACAUUUGUUAAGGUUUUGAUAAUGUUUUGGGAUAUUUUGGUCAGUGCUUGUGUAAUCUUAAUGCCUGUAGAUGGUGGUGUUCUUUUUUGUGUUGUUGGGUUUGUCUUUAACCGUGCUACAUUGAUGUGGAAUGAGAAAUGUGACAUUGUGACAUAGAACCUUGAACAUAGUUGUACUAGAAACUCAAUAAAUUGUGCUUAUAAUUGUGGAUUUUAAA